AUGGAGACACAACAGCAAAUCAAGCAGUCUCUCUUCUCCCACCGGGGACCCGAUGGACAACUUGACGAGACGUACAUCGCCCACCUCAAGAUAUGGGAGGACGUGCCGGUGGGUUCGGGGCAGCCAGACGAGGGGAAUAAGAAGGCGAGGUACUUGAUGCUGUCGGUCAGCAAGUAUGGAAAGGUCUUCCUUCACAAGGCCAAGAGGAACAAUAAUGGGUCGUUUUCCAAGGGAAAGACAUGGAAUCUAGAGGAUAUGCGGCAGAUCGAGGUGGUCACCCCUCAAACGUUUGCGUUGACUAUGACGUCCCGGACCUAUAUAUGGCAAUCCGAACGGCCCCGUGAUCAACAAGUGUUUCUAGCGACCGUCUGCAAGAUCUACCGGAAAUACACCCAAGGACGACUACCCUCGCUUCUGAACCUCAACUUUCAGAUCGACGAGGUACCUACCGAGUCCGUUUCGCCUCCCCCGGUCCAUGCUCAGCCGAUGCUCUACAAUGGAGGAGCACCGUCCGCAUCUCAAUCUUCGCUCGCAGCUCCGCCAGCUCUACGCUCCAGGCAAGGUUCACACUCCUCCGUCGCUUCAUCCCAGAUGACCGGCCAAGAAUCCCAUUACACCGCCCCCAGUACCCGCCAGAGACCGAGUGGUUCGUAUCCCAACGCUUCGUCCCCGCUCGCGGAGCGCCCAUCCGGGUUGGCUUCUCGGAAUGUCUCUGAGGCUAGGACGCCGACCCAGGCUACGUAUGGGUUCAGGGAACAAGCUAUCCCACCUCCAGCGACAUUGCAGAUCCCACCCGUACAGCAAUCACAACCUCCACCACCACCAGCUCAGGCGGGGCAGUCAUCUGAAGUCCCCGUAGAAGAUGGUUACGCUUCAGACGCUAUGCUCACCCCGGUGCCAGCUACCAGCGGUGGGUUCGACCAAGCCUUGACCCCGCCUGCUCUCCCUAGACGUAACAUCGACGCUCCAGUUGGGUCAGAGGAGAAGAAGCGGGCGAUGUUGCCCCCUAUCAUCACCAACGCGUCGGGUAGCACCGCAGCUCCUAGAUCGGCGGUCGCCGUGGAACGGAAGCAAGCAAAACGAGAGGUCGAGACAAGUCGAGAGCAGGAGAAGACACCUGAAGCCGACCGGGAACCUCAACCUCGAGCCCGGCGUGCCUCUUUUGUAGCUCCCCCGACGACCACCCCUUAUUCCCGUGACAUGCUCCUGCGCGCCGGUGCAGGUUCUUUCGCUCAAGCCGAAGCCUUGUUGGAGCAGGACAAUGCCGAUGGGGAAGAGAUGGAAGAUGCCACGAUGGCCAACGUCGAAGAGAUCUUGGAAGGGUUCGAUUGGGGGAACCAUGCGGUCGAGUCGAGCGGGUCUUACCGGGCGGGAGCAGAGGCGAUCGAGGCGAGGUUGUUGGACGAGUUGAACGCUUUGGAGGCUGCCAACAUCCAUGCGUUCCUCGAGUCGGACGAUCGGAUUCAGAGCGUUCUGAAGGGGAUCAACGAUGCUAUCGCCGAGAUGGACGAGAUGGAUACCCGGAUCACCGGGUACAAGAUGCAACUCGGAGGCGUGACAGAGGAUAUUGCAUUUAUCGAAUCCCAGAACCGAGGUCUGCAGGUCCAAACGGCCAAUCAACAAGCUCUGCUUAAAGAACUGGAGCAACUCCUCGAAAACGUCUCAGUCGACCCCGGUGCCCUCCGGUCGUUGACUCAAGAAUCGCUCGAGACAGAACGGGGCAUUCAGAACCUCGAGUCCGCCCUGUCCACGCUGUACAAGGCACUUCUUGCUAUCCGAGAUCGAGACACAAACGACAUGGCAGCAGCUGCAGGGCGAAAGGACGAAUACGAGACGUACAACCGGCAGUUCUGUCUGCGUCUCGUCGAGUACUUGAUGAUUAUGAUCAAGUUUCAGGCGGAAACAUCGGCCGGGGCUGCGGCUAGCAAGGCUUCGUCGGGAGAAAUCCCACCGCAUGCCCAGAUGGAGCAGAAGCUGGGCAUGUAUUGCGGAUUGAUCCUUUACAUGAUCGAGAUGGACGAAGAGCGGUACCAGAAGCUGUGUACCAACUACUUCAGUACGGCGUCCGAGCUGCACACAAAGGAGAUGAAGGGGUUGUUUAUGGCGUUGAUUGGCAAGCUCAAGAAGCCGACCGAGGAAAAGGAGGAUGAGAGCUCCUUCAUUUCCGCUGCGGCAAUCAGUACCAAGUCUGGCGCUAUGCAGCGUUCACGGACCGUGAUGGGCAACUUGCGAGGAGGAGACAAGAAGGACAAACGAGCAGAUGGUAGUGAAAUGAAGGGUUCCGUGGCCCUUGACAAGGCUUUGCAAUCCAUCGCCGUUCAACUCGGUCGCGAAGAGGCUUUCAUCGCGGACUUUCUACACAUCACCGACUCGAUGCUCACGUACGCCGACUAUAUGGACCUGGAUAGCUAUUUCCGGCGACAAGCGGUACGGUACACUACCAAGGGGAUGCAGCCGGCGACGGUUAAGCUUCGGCGGUCCGCUCUGGACCUGAUCUUUGGGUUUGUUUCGGGCGAGCUCAAGGAUUGGGUCGAUGCGGCGCUGCAACGGGACCGAGUCCAAGUAUUUGGAAUGAUGGCAGUGUGCGAAAAAGCGAUUCAAGACGCCGAGGAUCGAAGCGCCAUUUUCUACCUCAACAUCUUGCAGCGUCAAAUGCAGCGCUUGCAGAGCCUGGUCGAGCGAUACAUAGCCGAUCAGGUCAAGGCAAUCGAGAACGCUCAGCUGAGUAAUCGAAAACGACGUGGUGUCGUCUUCUUCAUCAAGCAUUUCCCGGUGUUUGUUUCGAAAGUCGAAGCUCAAUUGGUGGAUUAUGACGAUUUCGCUGCGCGAAAUGUGGCCAAUGCGGGCUACGAAAAGAUCGUCAACACCAUGCUGGAUACUCUGCAGCAUAUGGCUAAGAUGGACAGGUCGGACGUCGCAGGAGAGGACAAGGGUCAACUCAACCACUCGAUCAUCAUGAUAGAAAACCUGCAAUUUUUCGUGCAGGACGCUGCAAAGCACGACAUACCCGCUCUGCAUGGCUUCAUGGAACGAGCCAAGAGCAUGUACGACGAGAACAUGACGGCGUACAUUCGAGCAGUCCUGCGGCGUUCGUUUGGGCGACCAUGGGACUUCUUCGAAGCCGUUCAAAAGCAGCUCCGAGCGUCUUCUGCACAAGAGAUCUCUUCCAGCCCUUCAUACAACAAAGCCGCCUUGAAACGGGCCGUCAAGGAUAUCAGCUCUGGCAAAGAGAUGCGCAAGGCGGUCGAAGCGCUGGUGAAGCGGAUCGAAAAGCAUUACUCAUUGGACGAAUCCGACCUGGCUGGAACCGACGAUGCGGUGGCCAUGUCCAACGAGGCGGCGGCCCUGAUCGGCGUUGUGAUACAGUCGUGCGAAAAGCUUUUGGUUGCCGAGGUCGGCAAGUGGUCCAGUCUGAUGGGUCAAUGUUACGCCGAAGCGGCGGCGAGUGGGGUGGGUCUCGAAUAUGGGCCUAACGAUGUGGAGGGCGCCUUCAGGAAGGCUAGGGGAUGA